CACGACGCGCGUGUCACUUCCGCAACAUGAAGAUUUGGAUGAAGGAGCCGGUGAAUGAAUUCAUGCGCAGAGCUGUCUCGAACAAGACUCGGACAACGAGAGGUUGAAAGUCUUCUCCGCUGCUCCAGCCUGAAUAAAACGACCCGGGUGGAGACAUUGACGGGAGUCACCUGGACCUGUGGGUACUGUAUUGCCACAGAGUACGAGUGAAGCUUCCUAAAAGAAAGUAGGAAGAAAAGGAAGAGGACGAAGAAAAGAAGGACCGACUGCAACGACAGGAGUAGGACCUUUUUUCUCACAGCUCGGCUUCCUCCAUACUCAUUCCUCAGUGCACUCCAUCGCCUUCACAGCUUCACCAAGAUGAAGCUGAAGGAGGACCUGAACCCCAUGCUGCUUCUCCUCUUCCAUCUCAUGGUAUGGAUCUACACCUUCAUCACCUUCCUGCCCUCCUACAUCCUCAGCUGGGUCUCCACACCUGACGGAGGCUUCUAUGGCUCAGAGGAGGAGCGAGCGAAGAGAGCUAAGGCCCGCCCAUUGCUGGGACGUCCGGAAGGACCUUACAGAGCGGUGAACGCCGCCAAGAGGUUGGUGACAUCGCUACACCCAGGAGUGGACACCCUGGAUAAGAUGUUUGAGUACGCAGCCACGAGGUUCCCACACAGAGACUGUCUCGGGACAAGGGAGGUGAUCAGUGAGGAGGAUGAGCGACAGGACAAUGGAAAGGUGUUCAAGAAGGUGGUUCUGGGUGAGUACCGCUGGCUCUCCUAUAAGGAGGUCCUCAUAGCAGCGUCCCAACUGGGCAGUGGUUUGGCAUCACUGGGUCAACGGCCGAAAAACACCAUCGCCAUCUUCUGUGAGACACGAGCCGAGUGGAUCAUUGCUGCCCAGGCCUGCUUCUUGUACAACUUCCCAUUGGUUACCCUUUACUCCACACUGGGAGGUCCAGCAAUUGCUCACGGGCUGAAUGAGUCUCAGGUCUCCCACAUCAUCACCAGCAGAGAGCUCCUGGAGACGAGACUCAAGGCCAUCCUAAUUGAAGUUCCGAGGCUGCAGCAUAUCAUUGUAGUUGACAACACACCAACCUCAUGGCCUGGAUACCCGCGUGGCAUCAGUGUCCACAACAUGGCUGCUGUUCAAAAGCUGGGAGCCAAGCCUGAGAAUGCGGCGCGUGAGCGUAAGCAGCCGCUGCCUUCAGACAUUGCCGUCAUUAUGUACACCAGUGGAUCCACAGGGAUACCAAAGGGUGUCAUGAUCUCCCACAGCAACAUCAUCGCUGGCAUCACAGGAAUGGCCGAGCGGAUACCCAACCUGUGUGAGGAGGACACCUACAUUGGCUACCUGCCUCUCGCCCAUGUACUGGAGCUCAGUGCAGAGCUCGUAUGUGUUGCUCAUGGCUGUAGGAUUGGUUACUCCUCACCUCAGACUCUGGCUGACCAGUCAACAAAGAUCAAGAAAGGAAGCAAGGGAGACACCAGCAUGCUGCAGCCCACUCUGAUGGCAGCUGUCCCGGAGAUCAUGGAUCGUAUCUAUAAGAACGUGAUGACCAAGGUGGAGGAGAUGAAUUGUGUCCAGCGAACACUUUUCAUUCUGGCAUACAACUACAAACUGGAGCAGCUCGCCAAAGGAUACAGCACACCUCUAUGUGACAAGCUGGUGUUCAAGAAGGUUCGCUCUCUUCUGGGAGGCCAAACGCGGGUCUUGUUAUCAGGUGGAGCGCCGCUCUCUGCUGCCACACAACGCUUCAUGAAUGUGUGUUUUUGCUGCCCGGUGGGUCAAGGAUACGGCCUGACGGAGACCUGCGGUGCUGGAACUAUAAGCGAGUUGUGGGAUUACAGCACUGGGAGAGUUGGGGGGCCACUGGUUUGCUGUGAGAUCAAGCUCAAAGACUGGGUGGAGGGUGGUUACCGUAGCACUGACAAGCCACAUCCAAGAGGAGAGAUUCUGGUCGGCGGACCCAACGUAACCAUGGGAUACUACAAGAACGAGGCAAAAAACCAAGAAGAUUUCUUCGUAGAUGAGAACGGCCAGCGGUGGUUCUGCACAGGAGACAUCGGAGAGUUCCACCAAGAUGGAUGCCUCAAGAUAAUUGACCGAAAGAAAGACUUGGUGAAGCUGCAGGCAGGAGAAUAUGUCUCUCUGGGGAAGGUGGAGGCCAUGUUGAAGAACUGCCCUCUGGUCGACAACAUCUGUGCCUAUGCAAACAGUGAUGAGACAUAUGUGAUUGGCUUUGUGGUGCCCAACCAAAAGCAGCUGCUGGCUUUGGCUGACCAGUACGGAAUUCGAGGCUCGUGUGAGCAGCUGUGCAACACUAAAGCCAUGGAGGAGCUGGUCCUCAAGAUCAUCACUGAGGCUGCUCUGGCAGCCCAGCUAGAACGCUUUGAGAUCCCUCGCAAGAUCUGUCUGAGCCCAGAGCCAUGGACUCCUGAGACCGGACUGGUGACUGACGCAUUCAAGCUCAAGCGCAAGGAGCUGAAAACGCGUUACCAGGACGAUAUUGAGAGAAUGUACGGCGGGAAAUAACAAGGACCGGCACAGCAUCAGCCAUUCUCAAAGGCUCCAAGACCAACACUCACCUCCGAACACUCCUAGUACUCUCUCACUGCUCUCCUGUCACCUAACACAUGAACAUAGGAGUCACUCUCAAAGAAAGAAUAAUUAAGGAUAGGGUGUUACCAAACUAGGAUGCAGUUUUUACUUGAAUUUGUAACUAAGACAGGCUAAAAAAGUGUUGAGGAAAACACAACAGAUCCCUGUCCAUUUACUGCCUUUUUCCCUUUCUUCACCCAGGUGUAUGAACUCUGUGUAGAGCUUUAUUGUUCCAGGUGUGAGGUAUGAAACAGAUGGUGUGUUAGCCGAUGUUGUCUGUUGAACUCUUUCUGAGUGCCAGAGCACUCUGUUGGUCCGAAGGUCUGUUGCUUUGUGUUCACCCAUGAGACACUAGAUUAGUCAGGUACGCCUCCAGAUCGUUCCGUCGAAUCGUCUUCUUAACUUCUUUUAACUUAAAGGAUUCAAAUUCCUCCUUCCUGCAGGUCAGGACACGGUUAACUUCUCUUUCUUUGUCCCAUGUUUUGAGUUCUGUCAGGGGUUUAUUUUGUCUCCCACCCACAGUCAGACUUCGACUCCCACGGUGGUGGGACGUUUCUCCUGCCAGCACAUCUUGAUUCCGCAAGCACAAAGUCAUUUAAGGUCAAACGAGAGCAUUUUGGUAAAAAAAAAAAAAAAUCCAUCUCUAAAGAUUCAUUAAGGCCAUAGUCCUUUUUUUAGGAAAAUAACAGAAAAUGCAUGUAAUAGCCUUAUUUAAAAAUAAAAGAAACAAAGAUGCACUGUUGUUUAGUCUAUUGUAUUUUCCUACAGUGAUAGAGUAUACUUUUUUAUGUGGUGCACAGACUACACUGUGCAGAAAAAUGCACUUUUACUUGCUUGUAUUACGGAUGAAGUGACUGUGUAAUCAUUGUCAUGUUUGAUAAAUCAUAGUGCAAUAAGAAAAUGUAUCAUUUCUGUCCAAAUAAGGCAGUUGAUUACAGAUAGGACAUACAGUAAAUAAAACUUUGUCACUGUGGGUGGGGGCACCAGUUCUAAAGUUAGCACACAAGUUUUCAACAUUUAUUCUGCAUGACUGUCAUUACCAACUUAAAGCCUUGUCGCGUAUCUCUGUCAAGUGUGUGACAGCGCGUCCAUGCACGGCACAAACGUGGCCCAGUACCCCUCACCGUGUGACACCUGUUGCCUUCUCUCGAGCUGCACCUUUCUAAUCCCUCACUGAUUUUGACUUUGACGUUUCUCCUCAAGUGUACAUAUUCUGUAUUUGGAGGAGCUGUGAUCAGCAGAGGAGGCAGACGUGUAAUUGCCUCUAUUUUAACUUCAGCUUUGUCAUCCUGGAACAGUUUUGGCACUCCACUGCCUCUCUCAAGAGCCAGACUUGUAAAAUAAGUGCACCCAGCUAUUUAUUUGUGAUUUGCCUUCGGAAAAAUACUCCAAUGAAGUAAAUAAAGAUUGUGUUUGGUCUA